AUGACGAGCAGCAUUCUCGAAAAGCAGAUCGGGUUGCGCCAGCUUACCAGCGACACCUUCGCUGCCGGCUGGCACCCGGAUUGGGGGAUCGGACCGACUUUACUGGGUGGUUGUGUCGCCGCCAUCAUUCAACUUACUGCGCAGACGUAUCUGAGAACUGAUCCAGUACUGGUCAAAGUGAACCAACCAGACGUACUCAAUCUACAUCUUGAGUUUCUCCGUACAUCCACCCACGACUAUAGCAUCAUCAAGGUCAUUCCGUUGAAGAUCGGUGGUACCGUGACCACGUUACAACUACAGCUGCUGUGA